GCUGAGGCCGGGCGGAGGCGCUGAGGGAGAGGGCCGCGCGCGCGCUUCCCGCCUCCCGCCCUCGGGUCUCCAGGAUACAGGCUCGCGUCUCCCGGCCGCGGUGGCAUCCCUCACCCUCGGCGCGCGGGCCAGGCCCGGCCCUGGCGGAGUUGGUGGUAAAUUACGCGCUGAGGAAUGGACGCGAUUUCCCAGACUCCUCCGUAGUGGAAACCACCGAAGAACUUGAAAUAGUCUCUUCAAAUUUCAUUCGUCGUUUUGUUUUAAAAUAAAGCAUCUUGAUUUUGCUUAAUUGGUCAUUGGUAUCUUAACAAGCAUGGAGAUAAAAUUAGAAGUUUUGACAUCAACAAGUAUCAAGCAGAAAAAACCCUGGCCGAGAAUUUCCUGGUUGGGACAGGAGAAUGAAGCUGUUUUUCUUUUGGAUGAUAAAUACAUAAAUGAAAUUAAUUUGCUAUCAGGAAAAACAAAGAAGAUACCGAGUCUGCAGCCUUUAUUGAAGGAUGUUUUUGUCCUGACAACAUCCAGUAAUGAUGCCUGGCUGGCUGGGGUACUCACUACAGGGGACCUUUUCCUUUGGAACAAAGAUCAAGAUUGUGUGAAAUCUAUACAAGUAACUGAAAAGCCUAAGGAUGUGAUUAAACUUGCAGUAGCAAGCUCUUCAAGAAUACACUUGUAUGUAUCUGGAAACGGGAAGAGAGUUCUGCUUAUAACACCCUCUGGAUGUAUAUAUCUUUGGGAAUAUCUGGAAUUAAAGAAUAUCUUAUCUUCUAAAAGCCCCCCUUUGGUGGGUCAGUGGUCCCAGAUCAUACCUGAAGAAGCAGUUCUUUUGCCUUCCCCUGAAGAUAAAGAAGCUGUAGUGAAUGCUAUUUUUGUAAAAACUGAGUUAUUUGGAGAUUGCUGUUUGUGUUCAUUUACUUUUUAUUCUGGGGAAUCCCUGAAGCUAACUUUUCUGGCAGUUCGAUGGCACGAGAAUGUAUUUAUACCUACAGGGUCAUUGCCGUACCAUAUUCAUUGGGCACAACAAGACUGUCUUCUAAGUAGUCUAAUUCCCAAAUGUGAAUCAGUAAAGUCAAGAGGAGCUCUAAUGUCUUCCUUUUCAAGAGAUGGCCUUACCUUGGCAGUGACUCUUAAUCAGAAAGACCCAAAGGCAACUCAGGUAUUAUUUAUAAACACAGUGAAUUUUGUUAUUCUCUGUGGUAGCCUUAAAGGAUGUAGCAAUAAAAAUCCUGUAGUUCCAGCUACACUUAUCAGGUCCUAUUGGGUAGGUGACAUCAGCUGGACUCACGAUAAUCUUUUUCUGGCUUGUGUAUUAAAGCGUGGCUCCCUGGUUUUAUUGACCUGCCAAGGCGAAUUGCUAACAUUAGUUACAUUUGGAUGCUCUAUAGAAUUUGGGCCAGCAGAAUUUAUUCCUCUUCAUCCACUCAUAACAUAUAGACCACAGCAGUUUGCAUUUCAAGAUUCAAAUAAUUCUGUAGAUUCAUCAGCUUCUGAUGACCCUAUGAGACAGAGAUUUUCUAUAAAAGCACACUCUUGGUUACCCUACCUCAUUAUUUCUGAUGGAUACAUGGUCACAACUCUUCGAUUUCUUGAUAACCUGUCUCCGUCGGUGCUCAUGCGAUCACUUCUACUUGAUUCAACCCAGAGGCUUGAGAAAACCUACCAAAGUGUGAUACUGUCUAAGCCAAAAGGAAAAGGGCUGAAUUUGAGAUCACUGGAUUCCCUCAGGUCUAGUCUGUUAAAACACGGAGGAAAUGAAAGUCCAGUGAGUUCCACUGUCCCCAAAUUUUUGCAGGCAGAAGAAACAAUGAAGUUAAAUGAAGAAAUAGCAGAUUUUCAGAAUUUUGAAGCAGAAGAAACUAACGAAGGCAAACACUUUCCAAACAACUUACUACCUUUUUGGAACCGAAAAAAUGAUCCAUUGUUUAACAGUGUCAAGGAAGGAAGGUUGGAAUUUGCAUCUAUGUUUGAUACAAUGCAUGCAAAGGAUGAUACCAAGGAGACAGAUAGAACCAUUACAGAACUGUAUUCUAUCCAGAAAAAUCUACUUGCGGCAUGGACUAUAGGAAUUUCAAAAAAUGUGACAGGAAAAAAUUUAAUGUUAAAUUAUACAAUAGUUUGUAUCACUCAUUUUUUCUAUAUUCUUCAAUUUAUAAAAUGUCCUUUCCCUAAACUUGACCUUUUUUUAAGCAAGAGCCCAGAACAUAAUGCAUGGGUACUUUGUAUCUUUCAAAUUUUCCAUCAGUGUUUAUCGAUCCAGUAUUGGGAUGUGAGAUACAAACAAGAUGUAGGACAUUUGAUAAGACUGACCUCAAAUACUAUAACGCUUUUACUGACUCAGGAACAAAAGGGUCAGUUAUUCUCAGAGAAACUUUUAGCCUGUUUUUAUUUACUCAGAAUGGUAGCUGAUAAUUUAAAUGGCAUGUACAGACUUCAGCCUGAACUUACUUCAUCACCAGCUGGUGGAAGUAGAACAGCAGAACAAGAUUUAUUGGUGUUACCUAUUUUUCAAAUGUUUCAAGACCAUAGUUUUCAGGAAAAUUGGUCUUGGAAAUCAUCUUUCAAGAUUCAGCCUCAAGGAACAAAUCUGGUUCAACAGCCAGGUCACAGAUUGAUUGCUCUCUGGAGAGUACUGUACAAAAAAACUUUAUGGUAUCAAGCACAAUUAAGUCGAAGAACUCCUGAGGGUGACAGACAGUUAACUGAAAAGAUGACACAUGAAGCAGCUACUGUUAAGUCACUGUUAUGUCAUAUACAGGCUGACUUACAGACUGCUGGAGAUCACUUGAACCAACCCUUAGAACUUACAUCUCUUGAUGGUGAAGAGAGUUUUCUAUUAGGAUCAUACAAAAAGGCUGUUCAGUUGUGGAAGAAGGCCCUUCAAGAAACCCAAGAGAAAGGAGGAAGGAGAACUUGUUUUCUUCAGAUUCGCUAUUAUCUUUCUCUCUUGUACUGCCAUCUCUAUAACUAUAAUUUAAAUGAUGCUCAAGGAUUAUGUGAUCAGCUGGUAAGAGAAAUACUGAGAUGGUCCCAACUGCCUGUAAAAGAAAAUGAAGAUUAUUUAGAUGCUGAGAAGCCUCCUGGUGAGUCUGCAGGGCCUGGAAAUGUCCAUCCUGAGGCAGCAGUCAGAGUUGUCCAGUCCAUGGCUCGGUUCAUGGCCGCCUAUUUCACCAAUCAGCUGCUUGGUGUUUUGCCACCUCACAAUGUCAGUGUUCUUCCUCCACUUCAUAUUAAAACAGAGCAGUCCCUUCGAUUUAUUCCUCUGCAACACUCUAAGGUGGCUAGUGUUGUUAGAGAUCAGAAUCUUUCGGACGUGUGGACAGUUGAAUAUGCCCUUGAAUUAUUAUUUAUUGGUGGCCUAAUUCCAGAGGCUGUGUGGUUAGCCCAUAAACUUGGAGACUGGAAGACAUCUGUUUCAAUUGGUGUGGCCUUCCAACUGUUCCACAAACAUGAUUGCAAUUCUGUGAGGUCCAAGAAAAGGGGUCUGAAUCUGCCAUUAAAUAUGACUCCAGCACAGAUUUUCCAGGAGAAACUGCAGUGUUUUUUAGGUCAGCCAGCCUCAUUGGAAACAAAAAAUAAAAUGGGCCCAAAAUAUAAACAGUUUACGGAUCCUAUUGAAGAAGAAGAUGCAAAUCUGCUGUUUAGUUCUGUGCAGGAUGUCCUGAAAGCAUCAGCUAUGGCUGAUGCAGAUAUUGUCUCAGAGACACUUCAGCGUCUAAUGGACUCUGCUAAGGACUUCAGUAAGAGACUGUGGGGCUUGGUGCCCAUCCGCUUGUAUCUUCCAGCUCCUCCAUUGUACUGUCCCCAGCCAGCUAUUCUUAGUGAAGAAGAUGAUGGUGACUUUCUUUUAAAAGCUGAAAAAGAUAAUCGUCAAAAGGUGUCUAGAAUUCUUCAGCGUAUUCUCUUGCUUUUCCGGGCAGCUCGGUGUUCUUUUCCUGUAGCACAGUGGUACAUCUUGCAGCUGAGGUGGGCAAGAAAAGUCAUGCAGAAGAUUCGAAUGAAAGGCUCCCUCCCUUCCCUGAGUCCUUUCCCUGAGUCCUUAUUUAAUUACUGCAAAGGAGGCAUAGUGUUCUUUAGACAUGGAGCAGCUGGAGACCACAAACUCGAUGACGUUUCCAUUAGAGCAAUAGGCUGCUUCAGAGAACUCUGUGCCUUGUGCUGGGUGCUGCAUAUCCGUGAUAAUUUAUCCUACAGUUGCAGGCAGUAUCAGAAAGCGAGAGAAAAUAUGAGAGGAGAAAAGGACCUUGAAGUGGAGUUCGAUUCUUGCGUGGUUGAGCACUGUCUUGGUGCAGUGGAAUGGGCUUAUCGAAUGCUACCUUUCUCUCGUUUUUUUAAUACUGAAGAACUUAUUCAGGAUAUAAUCUUGAGCCUUAUUGGAGAACUGCCACCAGUCAGAAAGGUAGCGGAAAUUUUUGUGAAAGCGUUUCCCAAUCCAGAGGAUAUAAGAGUUCCUUUAAGAGAAAAAUACCGCUCUCUUCAGCAGAGACUCAGACACUGCGUUGUGAAAGGUCCCCAGACUGAGGAAAUGAUGUCUGUUGUCAUGCAUUCUAUCCAUAAAGUGAGGGUGAAAGCCCUAAAACGUGUGCAGAGAAAUAUAGGUUCUUUUGAGGUGAAUAUUUGGGAACCAGUUGAAGAAGAGAAACCAGAUGAGAUUCCAGGUUUCGACAGGUUUUCCCUGGGGACUAGCUUGAGCAGAAGCACUCUCACAGAACUGGGCAGUUCUCUGGUGCAUAGUGAUGUGGAUACCUUCUCUGAAGCUUUGUCAGUUGAAGAAAGAAACAGGCUACCUUUCUACCAAAGGAAUACCCCAAGUCAUUCAGAAUUAUCAUUAGUUGAUAAGCCCAGUGAUAAAAAGAAAAUUUGUGCUCAGAAAGAAAACCCUGAAAGGAAAGAAGAUCACGAAAAGUUAUCAAAAAAUAUACUUCCUGUAAUAGGUGUUUGGGAAUUUGAGCGAGACGAUGAUGAAUAUAUUAAAUUCCUUGAUCUCUUUCUGAGUUACGUUCUUGAAAGAGACCUACUUAGUUCCAAAGAUCCUGGCAUUCCAUUUCUAACCAGCUUUUCUGGACAGCUUAGAGAACAUGAACUUAAUUCUUUAGUUUUUAAUGUGCAGACAACAUUAAAACGACGCCAGGGAAAAAGCCAGAAUGUGUUUAAAGCUGGCUCCUGCUUUGUUGCUGUUUCUGAGUCAUAUGAGUCUGAAAAAUCAUCUGCUUUAAAUGACAAAUACUCCGUAAGUUUAGACAACCAGGCAUUUUUGGCUUCGGAACUAGUUAACCAAGGGAUGAGACCAGUUUUAGAGAAUCCAUCAAAUGAAGUCAAUAAAAGUAAAGAAAAAGGAGGAUUAUUUGGUUUAAAACAAAAGUCAAUUUGCAGAACUCAAGAUGGUAAUCAAGAGAAGUCUCUAAUCCAGGAAUCAUCAGACCGUAAAUUUUGGACUCCCAAGUCCAUUAAAACUAGAAAAUACAGUUAUAAAGCAAUUCAUUACAAUGAUAGUAACCCUCUGGUGGAUCUUCCUCUGGUGCUGAAGAGCACAUACAGCAAUGUAGGAAGACUGCUGGAAUGGAUGAUAAGGUGGUCUGAUCGAAGACUCCUCUGUGAUUCUGGGGUCACUCAGUCAUCCUCUGAGUACAGUCCCGUAAUUCGUGUAAAGACCUCUACAGUUGCCAUUCUUACCUCUUUGUGGCUUUUGGAACAACCUUAUUUUGCUACAUAUAGGGCAAAAAAUGCCAUUAUUAAGGUGCUAGAGAAUCAGUAUGCUGUGUCUCAGAUGAAACCCAGUAUCCAGAGGGACAGCAGUACUGAUGCUGGCUGUUCAGUUGCAGGAGCAACUCAAGGUGAAACUGAGGAAAAUAAUAACUGGAAUGAAUUUAGUCAAAGUAUCUUCAAUAGAAUGUCAAAUGAAGUAGAAAAUCCUGAAAUGAAAGAAAUCAAUGAUGAGGUUAUUUUCAUCACUGAUAAUACUGAAAAAGAAGUUAUAAAUACCAAUGGGAAUCUUUUACAUGUAGAAAUGUUUACACAGGAAGGAAUGGAUACGCACAUAUCACACUGUGAAGAAGAACCUGUCAGAAGUCCCAAUAUUGCCAUUUACAUGCAGACUUUGCUACAGCAAUUAGAAAAAUAUUCGAGAGAAGAGGUUCAGUGUCCAAGGGAAGAACCACUGGAGACAAAUAUGGAGGAAAAAUCUGAACAGCAAGGUAUGAUCAAAGCCUUUGUAAAUUCUGAACAUACCAUUCCUCAUUCAUUUUGUGUAGAUGCAAGUUCAGAAAUUUCUAGUGAACAGAUUUCUGCGUCUAAAGAUAAGUCUCCCUCAGUUCCUCCUCUGGUAUCAAAUGGAGUCAGUGUUGCUUCCCAAACACCCAUUCCAGCACCUCAGAAGACGCACAGAAAUGAACAUCAAGCGCCAUUACCAGAUUCUUCAGAUUCUGUUAGGCAGAUGCUCCAAGAUGAAAUGUUUAAAUUAGUCCAGCUGCAGCAGAUAAACUUCCUGAGCCUAAUGCAAAUUGUAGGACCAUCCUUUGCUAACCUUCCAGACACACACCACCCUCUCCAGCAGGCUCAGUCUGUAUAUCUGGGGGGAAGCCAAAUAUCGAACCCCACAAGAGGGAGUGGUGAUGUUGAAAUCAACAACAGUAGAAAUCUUAAGGAGAGAUUUUUCAUUAAACCACAGUCCAUGGGAGAAGGCACCAGAGAGCCUGACAGGAACAGCCCACACAGCCAUGAAGGAAUUAUCCAAUCUGAUCAAAAUAGCAAUGGAAAUAUACAGAAUGUUCCACAUGGGAGUAUUCCUUCAUGUCAACUAGACAGCCAACUCCAGAAGAGAGGACUGACCCCAGCAUCUGAAAGCUUAGCAUCCACUUUGCUUCCUCCAGCUCCUGCUGGAAAUAGUCACCCUCACCUUUUGUCCACCCCUUCUGCUUCCCAGAAGAUGCCUAGAUUUAUCACACCUGCCAAAACACUUGGUCCUGGUUAUGGUUUUCCUUUGCUUCAGUUUCAACCUAAACCUGAAUUCAGGACCCUUCCUUUACAUGUAGGAAGAGUUCCAAAUGUUCCCUUCAGGCCUCUGGCCCAACUGAGAGAAGCUUGUGCAUUAACUGGUUCCCUCCAGCCUCCUCCACAACAGAGAGUAGUACACACUAUCUCAGGAUCCCAUUCGAAUUCAAGCCAGUGCAGUACUGAAGUCAUAAAAGAAGCAGCUGACCAGGAGAAAUGGGCAGAAACUGUAAUUACAGAUAUCCCUAAGCACAUGAAUGUGGAUCAGUAUGUUGGACAAGAAAACUUGACUCCUCAGCAGGACUCUUCCAUAUUUAUAAAGCCAGAAAAACAAUUCGGUGUUAAGCCAGGGCCUCUUGAGAUACCUCCUCAGAAUUCCUGUGGACUUCCCUUGUUGCACUUGGAAUUUAAACAUCCUUACAUAUUUUCAUCAAUCUCAAGAGCAUCAGUUACAGUUCCAUCAAUACCUAUGAGAACUGUAGCAGAAGAGAAAAAAUACCCACAACUAUUACUUUUUCCACGUCUAUCGGAAAAUAUGUACAAGAGACCACAGCUUAUCCCACCUGAAAAUCUCAUUGCAUUUAAACAAAGCCAACAAAGAUUAACACAUAAUUUAUUUGAACAAGGUGAUUCUGGUCACCUUCAGCUUCUAAAGGUCAAAAUGGAAUCAUCUGAAAUGAGACAAGGAAGGAACAGUAAAAAAAGGCAGAGAAGACGAGCUGAGAAAGAGCUACAAAGAUCUGAGCAAUCAUGGAGAAAGCCAAGUGUGAGUAUCUGUCCAAAGGAAUCCUUCAUUAAUAAUGAUGACUCAGAAACUGUCAUGAAACCCAAGGUACAAGAACAUCGCAAUUCUCAGCCUUUGGAUAAUUUCGACAUUCCUUUUGAAAUGCUACAAGAUGAUGUUAAUACUUCAGCUGGAUUGCAUUUCAUGGCCUCUGUACAAAAGAAAGCCAUAGGAAGUCAAGAUGCAAGUACAAAUACAGAGCCAGAUAACAAAGCUGCUUCUCAAGAAGUUAUCUCUGAAAGUGGCAAAAAUCAACAAAUCAUUUCUUCUGUCCUAGAACACGAACCUUUGAAUGAUCCUCAGCUGUUGGUCCCAGAUGUAUUUCUAAAUGUCAAACUUUUUACUGAAAAAUCAGAGAAACCUUUGUCACCUUCAACACCUCAUAUGGUGGGACACACUUACAUAAAUGUGACUGACAUUGAAGCUAGUGACCUGCAGCAGUUACCUGUCAGAGAAAAGCCUGCAGAUGAAAGUGUCAGCAAGCAGCAAAGCAGUCAGCUAGACGUCCCGUUGUCUGCUGAGUUACAUUAUAUGGCAGCAUCAGUCACUAAUGCUGUUCUCCCACACAAUUUUAAGCAUGAAGAAUCUGCCAAUUCCAUUUUAUUUUUUAAACCUACAAAAGUGACUCCAAUCUACCUGGAAGGAAAAAGUUGGAGAACAGCUGCUAAAGAAGUGAAGGAGCCUGGGAUCCCCUCAGCAGCACCAGCAGACAGACAGCAGCAGAAAGAUCUGCCUAAACAAGGGUUCCAAUUCAGACAGCAGAGCACAGAGUCCAGCUCUGCAGAAGGUCAUCUGCUGAGGAAUUUGCUGCAGGAUGUCCCUGCGGCUCGCCCUGCACCACGGCCCGCCGCUCACCGACUGCAGCUUCUCUCUGCUGAGCUUCGAAAAAUGGACGAGCAGCUGUUGGCAGUGCAGGACAUUGCAGAAGACAUAGAGCGGAAUUUCCCCAGAUCUGAAAUGGUUGGAGAAGUGGAUCACAUUGAAUUGUCUUCUGGCCCUGAAUUUGAAAAAGCAUUAGCUUUAAAAGCCAUUAGCAUUUCUGAAGAAGUGCAUUUCCCGACUCACAUGGAUGAGGAAGAGCAAACUGACAAAAAGGAGACUUCAGAAGCUGAAUUUUCAGUAACAGAAAAUCAUUCUAGUCAGAAACCCCACGUGUUCCCUUCUGCCAAUUCAGUUGUCAGCAUUUCCAGUGACCAGAAUGUUAUUUCUCCUGGUAUGAAUAACAAUGAUGAAUUAUUUGAGAGUGUUUCAGUAGAUCCACUCCAGAUGACUGGACUGACUGAUAUUGCAGACAUUAUUGAUGACCUCAUAACUAACUGUGGUGUUUCCAGUGAAGAGCUUGGCUUAACAGAACAACAGGCUAGGAGCAUCUCCAGGAUUCCACGUUCUUCUGGCAGAUGUCCACAAAGAACUGAGAAAGAGAGAAGAGAAAUUCGAGUUUGGAUGAAAAGAAAAAGAAAAGAAAGAAUGGCAGAAUAUUUAAAUCAGCUGGCAGAAAAGAGAGGGCAAGAACACAGUCCUUUCUGCCCCAGAGGCAAUCCAUUUUACAUGACUUCAAGGGAAAUCAGGCUGCAACAGAAGAUGAAGCAAGAAAAAGACAGAUUGCUACUCUCUAACCACUAUAGUCGGCGAAUCUCACAAGCAUACAGUCUGAUGAAUGAACUGCUGUCAGAGUCAGCACAAUUCCCUGCAACUGCACAGAAACCAUUGUCUAACAAACCCACCAUUGCUCAGCAUUGUGGACAGCACCGCUGCCCUUCUCCAAGAGAGAAUCAGCAUGGGCACAAUUUUCCAAUAAAUCGACCUGGAAAAGUCAGAUAUGUAUCCAAAUCAAGUUAUACCCAUACAAGGAAACCUCUUGGACAACCUCAGGGCUCACCUCGGCCACAUGGAACUGCCACUUUCACCAUCCAGAAAAGAGUGGGUGGAACCAAAACAGCAGUAAGGAAAGCUGUACAGUCUCCAGUUACCAUCCGGAAAGGCUGUAAUGCUCCAGGUAGCAGUCUGCAGCAUACAAAAAACCACAGGCAUGCUGGCCUUGCAGGCCCAACAAAGGAGGUGUGUAUGGAGUAUGAGAGAGAGGAGAUGGUGGUGAGCCCUUGGACCUUACCUGAAGAAAUCCACAAGAUCCUCCAUGAGAGUCACAAUUCUCUUCCACGGGACUUGUCACCAACUGAAGAAGAGCUUGAGCCUCCUUUUGGGGUGGGUGGCACAGACAACGUGUCUGAGAGCACCGGCAGCAUCCUCAGCAAGCUUGACUGGAAUGCUAUUGAAGACAUGGUGGCUGGUGUGGAGGACAAGAGCCUGUCUGUCCAGUGGGCCCUUGACUUGUAAGACCUGGAUAUCAACCUGUGUCAAGGCACCAGCCAGCCCUUCCUUAAUAUGGUUCUGAAAGACUUGAAGGGAGCAAUGUGAAUUUACCACCUGCAGCCAUAUUAUUAUCUAGAUCAGCCCUUUCAAAAGGGAAAAUAAAAUUUCUCAAUCAUUUUGUCUUCACAGGGAAAGGUUUGUUUAACUAUACAUGUAUUAUGUUUUUGCACUUGAUUUGUCUUUGGCAUAAUUUUUGUUUUGUUUUGUUUUUUGAGACAGAGUGUCACUGUGUAGUUCACACUGAUCUUGGACUCAAACCGAUCCUCUUGCCUGGGCCUCCCCAGUGCUGGGAUUACAGACAUGUGCACCCAUUACCCAGCUGUAUCUUUGGCAUAAUUUUAAAAAUAAUAAAUACUGGUGGGGGAUUUAGCUCAGUGAUUCCGGCCUGUGCCUCAAAAGCGCAAGGUCCUGAGUUCAAUCCCUGGUACCAAAAAUACUACUACUACUACUAAUAAUGAAUACCUUUCAAGCCUAAUUUGCAUAUAAUAAAAAUCUUAUAUCUUGCCUCCUCCUUUA